CUCAAAUUAUGUUUAAACUCAAUACAGUAACUUCUGAAAGAGUUCUGUUGUGAAUGUUUUGCAGUUCAUGAAGACAAACAGGCACCAUAAUGAUUAAGCUGUUAGGCUGGUGGUAGGACUAACACAUAAAUAAUUGUGCACAAUAUGUGAUUUCAUUUUAAGGUGUAUAUGAUGCCACCAAAGAGGCCUUCAAGAAACUAGGGACAGAAACAGGGUGGUUCGACAAGACGGUUGCCAUGGGAGCUGACGGCGCAGCUGUCAAUCUUGGGCAUAAAGGAGGUGUAAGAGCCCUUCUCCAAGCUGAGGCAGGGGCUUUUAUUGUCCCAUUUCAUUGCAUGCCACAUAGGCUGGAGCUGGCAAUGAUGUCAGUGCAAAGGAAAAUUCCCAUGGUGGAUCAUGUCUACAGUCUCCUCAACAUGGUUUGGAAAACCUACCAGUACAGCAGCAAGUCUAUGAGAGAACUGCGAGCACUUGGAGAGGAGCUGGGUGUGCAUGUCGAUGUACCAGGUAGUGUCAGUGGGACACGCUGGCUUGCACAUGUAAACCGUGCCCUGCAAACCCUACUGAGACCUGGAGGAAAGGACAGAAACCUGCAGAAUCCUGGCCAGUUCACAGCAGUUUACUUCCACAUGGAACAUUUGACUGCAUCAUCAACCAAUGCUGACAUUGCUGGGAGAGCAAGGAAGGUCUGUAUAUAUUUUCAAAAUUAUUUCAUAUUUGUGAUAGAUAUAUACAAAUUACUGAUAUUGAUUACUUAUGUCUUGCAGGUCAAGAAGAUGAUGGAAGAUGGGGCCUUUGUGGGUUUCUUUCACUUCUUGGCUGACUUGUUUGAGGCCAUUAGCAAAUUCAGCCUUCUUCUCCAAAGAAAUGAUGUCAUUUUGCCUCAGGCUGUGAAUGGGAUUCAGAAUCUUAUUGCAACUGUUGAGGCCAUGUCAGUGAGAUGCAAGCCAGGUGGUCGGCUAGCAGAAUUACUGGCAGACCUUCAGGCCCAGAGAAGACAACAAGAGAGUGAUGGUGAGGCUCACCCUUUGUACAAAUAUCAGGGGGUCACCAUCAAAGGAGAAGUCUCUGGUCUGGGAGCAGAUGGACUCUCAAUGGAAAGCACACCUCAGCUGCAACGAGCAGUAAAAGCAACAGUCGAGUGCACUGUGCUGCACCUGAAGCAGAGGUUCAGCAGUCUACUUGAUGAAGGGUCCUCAUUAGCAACAACGAGGGCAGUGAGGUCAUUCAAAAUAUUAAAUCACGAUUCCUGGCCUGAACAAAGACAUCUCCUGACAGAUUAUGGUGCAGAGGAGCUGGACUUCCUGCUGGACCACUUCUCCCCCAUCCUAACAAGAAAUGGCUGUGAUACCAAGCUGGCAAGAGAGGAGUAUCAGUCGAUGAAAAUGUUCAUUGUUACAAACUACAUGGACAAGUCAUACCAUGCCCUGUGGGGGAGGAUGUUGACCAAAAUGCCGUUCUGCUCCGACUACAAAAACAUCCUACAUCUUGUACACAUGAUGCUUGCACUCCCAGUGUCUUCUGCUGUGUGCGAGAGAGGAUUCUCUUCCCAGAAGAGGAUUAAGUCAGAGGUCAGGGGGUCUCUUCAUGUGGACACUGUUGAGGACUUAAUCAGAAUUAGUAUGGAGGGACCGAACAUCGAUGAUUUUGAUGCCAAAGAGGCUGUUGACAUGUGGCUCAAUCAGGCUCAACGUACAAGGAGGCCUAAUUACAAGGGCUGGCCAACACAGGCACCUUAUCCCCCACCAAGGGGUGAUCUUUUGUAGGAAGUGUUAAUGCACAAGUUAUGUCUACAACUUGUUCUGUUGUCAGUAGAGCAUCAAUAUUCAUUUUGUAUUUUUAAGCUGUAUAACUGGUGUAUGUUAUUAAAACUAUUGCACAAGUUUAUAAGAUUGUAUAUUGUCAAAUUAUUUAUCAGUAAUACAGUAAAAAUGAUGGGAAAACUUUGCAAGUCGAUUUAUAGUGUGCGCCCCUACAUUUUCUGCUUGCGCCCCUAAA